AUGGACGACUGCGGUUACCUAAAACCGCAUCUAAUCUCAGCAUUGCUUGUUCGUCCAACACACGAGUCACGACNUUUCGGUUUGCGCUUCACAGACUGGAACAUCGAGUGGAAACCCGCUCCUUAUCCGUGCACUGAGGCUCAAAGGGAAGCUGCCGCUAAACGCUAUGGACUUAUACUAUCUGAUUAUAAACCCUUCGAGGAUGAUGGUCUGGCUCCUGGUGAUUAUCCUAAUCUCCAGCCGUUCAAUGAAGCCAACAAAGACCCAUGGGAGCACUAUGAUUUCUACCCUGUAAAAAGGAACUAUAACGAACCAGUGCCUUUCUGGUACGAUUUACGUUUUCGGAUGGGCGAGAAAUAUCUUUUCCUAGGUGGCGAAUUAUUCUCAAAUCCCUGGCCCUUCCCAUAA